AUGGGUCCCUGUACGGCCUCCCAUUGCUGCUGUCUCCAUCGCCACACUCUGCCAUGUGCCACUUUCAGGUCUCCUCACACUGCUGCUGGGUUCCAUUUUGUCAUAGGGUGCUGUUAUGGCCUCCCAUUUGCUGCUGCCAGGCCCCGUAAUCUGCCAUGGGCCCCGUACCGAUCCUCAUGCUGCUGCCAGGCCGUAAUCUGUCAUGGGCCCUGUUGUGCUUGUUGGCAUUAUUCCGCUCAUUCAGAUGCUCCUUCUACUCCGGCUUACUCCUCUUCA